AUGUCCCUACCAGCUCCAGAGAUGAACACCGUACAGGAUCAAGGGAAUUCGGCACAUUCCACAGCUUCAAAGCGAAAAGGAGCUGAAGACAACAGCACGAUUCAUUUCACGUCGCGCAAUCCCCCAUGGACCUACCUCAAGCUACAACUUAUUCCCCAACCCGGUUCCCCAGCUCUACAACCUCUUGACGACCUCUCUGCCCGCACCUACCUCUCCGCCGCCCUGUCCCAGUUCCUCGGCCUCACGGGCACUUCUAUCCCCAUCGACAUCCUGAAAAUCGAACCUGUAUCCUCUACAGAAGGGCAAAAGUAUGGCAUUGCCUGGAUUCGUGUUCCACGAGACGAUGGAGCGGCAGUCGUUGCAGCAUUGAGCUCUUGGGUUGGUGGCGGUGGAAAUGGAAGUGCGAGUGUUGCGUGGAGGGUAUGCGCUAAGGGCAAUUACCUUGGUGCACUUGUUGCUGGUUCUGGACGGGACUUGUUCGUUCCUUAG